AUGCAUUCUUAUCGUUUACCUCAUAAUCCUAUUUUACGUUUUAUAGCAUUUUGUCAUGGUAUUCGUAACAUUCGAUAUUCUACAAUUCGCUCUUACUUAGCUGCUAUUUGUCUUUAUCGUUUACGUGCUGGUUUUUCUGAUCCAUUUUUAGAUAUGCGUAGUUAUAAACUACCACAAAUUGAAAUGAUUCUUAAAGGCGCACGACGUUUAGAUUUUGUAUCCACCAUACAAUGCAAACCUAUUACCAUCGAUAUUCUAAACAAAUUAAUUGGUGUAUUACGAUGCGGUAUAUUUAAUCCUUAUCUCAAUACAUUAAUGCAAGCAGCACUUACUACCGCAUUUUGGAGUUUCUUCAGAUCCGGUGAAUUAUUUCCUGAUAAAUUUUCUCCACGCUUACAUGUUACAAAAGCUGAUAUUCAAUGUGAUAUAAACUGUAUUAUUAUUCAUUAA